AUGUCUGAGUUGGAAAAGAAGAAUACUGUCGGAAGUGAUUCAUUAGAGAAAUCAACUUCAAGUGACAUCUCCCUAGUUGGGCAAGAAAAAUCCACUGGGGUUCUUAAAGCAGAAAUUUUAGCUCAACAAUGGAACACUUGGUACUAUAAAACUAUUUUAUUAAUUAGUGCUUUCUUAGUUGGUUAUGCUUAUGGUUUAGAUGGUCAAACCAGAUAUGUUUAUAAUGCUACUGCUACCAAUUCUUAUAGUCAUCAUUCAUUAUUGACUACUAUUGGUGUUGUUAGUGGUGUUGCUCAAGCUGUUUGUCAAAUUGUUUACGCUAGAUUAUCUGAUGUCUUUGGUAGAUUAGAAUUAUUCUUAGUAUCAGUUGUUUUAUACGUUGUUGGUACUAUUAUUGAAUCUCAAGCUUAUGAUGUUCAAAGAUAUGCUGGUGGUUCAGUCUUAUAUUCUGUUGGUUAUUCAGGUGUUAUUAUCAAUCUUUUAUUCAUUUUAUCUGAUUUUUCACCUUUAAAAUGGCGUUUAUUCUAUAGUUUCGUUCCAGCUUUCCCAUUUAUUAUUAAUACUUGGAUUUCUGGUAAAGUCACUGCUGCUAUUAAUACCAAUUGGUCAUGGGGUGUUGGUAUGUGGGCUUUUAUUUUCCCAUUAGCUUGUAUUCCAUUAGUUGGUUGUAUGAUUCACAUGAGAAUCUUAGCCGGUAGAACUGAAGAAUGGAGAGAAUUUAAAACCAAGAAAACUAAAUAUCAAGAAUUAGGUUUAGUUAAAUUUUUAGUUUAUUUAUUCUGGACUUUAGAUGUUAUUGGUUUAAUCUUAUUUGCUGCCAUGUUAGGUUGUAUCUUAGUCCCAUUAACUUUAGCUGGUGGUGUUAAAUCAAAUUGGCAAAAUGGUAGUAUCAUUGCUCCAAUUGUUGUUGGUUUCGUUUUGAUUCCAGUUUUCGCUAUUUGGGAAUCUAAAACCGAACAUGCUAUUGCUCCUUUCCAUUUAUUAAAAGAUAGAGGUGUUUGGGCUGGUUUAUAUAUUUCAUUCUCCAUUACUUUAAUUAGUGCCAUUGAAGGUUCUUAUCUUUUCACUGUUUUAAGAGUUGCCGUUGACCUGUCAAUUGAUGAUGCUACUAUUAUUUCUUCCGUUGCUUCAUUCGUUGGUACUGCUGCUGGUUUCUUCUUUGGUUUAUUCGUUGUUUAUGCUAAACGUUUGAAAGGUUUUAUCAUUGCUGGUACUUGUAUCUGGUUAAUAUCUCUCGGUAUCUUAUUACAUUUCAGAAGUGGUACUGAUGCCAGAUCUGGUAUCAUUGCCGGUCUUUGUUUACUUGGGUUAGGUACUACUUUCUUCACUUAUCCAGUUAAUGUUUCCAUGCAAUCAUCAGUUAAUCACGAACAUAUGGCUGUUGUUACUGCUUUAGGUUAUUCAUUCUACCGUGUUGGUUCAGCUGUUGGUUCAGCUAUUUCCGGUGCUAUUUGGACUAACACCUUAUAUUCAAAGAUCUUAAAAUACAUGCAAGAUCCUACUUUAGCUGCUGAUGCUUUUUCUGCUCCAUUAACUUUCAUCGUUACUUAUUCUUGGGGUACUCCAGAAAGAGAAGCUAUUGCUCAUGCUUACAGAGAUUUACAAUUUGUUUUAAUCUUAGUUGCUUUAUGUUUAUGUAUUCCAUUAAUUGCUUGUGCUUUCUUCUUACGUGAUCACAGAUUAGGUGAUGUCCAAAGUAUUGAAGACGUUGAAAAAUUUGAAGUCAAUGAUUCUAUUAUGAACUUAUUCAAAUCUUUCGGUGGAAGAACUAAAGCUGAAAAAGCUGCUGAAAAAGAACUUGAAAAACAAACUCAAUUUGCUUAA